UAUGCACUAAAAUGAGUACAACACCAACUGGGUCUAGUUCAGCAGCUGGUUCUUGGUUUUCAGGCAUUGUACGAGGUCGUUUCGAUAAGUCUUCUACUAGUCCUAAAAUGGCCAACAAUUCAGCAGAAUUCACCGGAACUAAUGUGGGCCCAGUUAAUAAGAAGAAGCAGUUUCAAGGGGUUAUGUUUAAGUAUGGUCCUAAGUCUAUCCAGGUUGCCUUUAAAACUGGUGACUAUAAACAGCAAGCUAUAUUUAUUGGCGGGCUGAAAGAUGGAUUUUUGGCUACUGAUUACUUGGAACCUCUUGCUAUUGCUCUUGACAAAGAGAAAUGGUCACUAGUCGAGUUUCUGCUCUCCUCUUCUUACACUGGAUAUGGCCUCUCAAGUUUAAAAGAAGAUGCUAUGGAGCUUGAUCAAUUGAUUAGUUACUUCAUAAAUAAAGAAGAUUCUGAGGGUGUGGUCCUGAUUGGACAUAGUACUGGCUGUCAGGAUAUUGUGCAUUACAUGCGGACGAAUUUUGCAUCAAAGGUUAAAUCAAAGAGGAAGAGUUCGUGACAAUUUUGAAACAAAAAAAGGAAAAAUUGAAUUUUUUUGAGAUUUAUUAUGUUCCUGGACUAAAAAAUAAUUUACUUAUUGUUGGUCACCUUUUGAGAAAAAUAUUAUGACAUUCAAAUGAGACAUUUUUCAAAUGCUUUAAUGGCAGAUCAUAGAGGAGAAUUUUUUCAAAUGAGUUUAAGAAAUAUUACAAACAUAGUGGUAUUCGAUGCAAAAUAACAAUCCGUUACACGCCACAACAGAAAAGAAUGUUUGACUCUGUAAGAUUUGUCUAUCCAGAAACUGUGAGAAGGUUAAACUCCCUGACACGUAUGACAACCUUUCUCAUCCUGAACUACUUUUGAUCCGGCUCAACUUUGUAUUAGUUUCGAGUUUUAAUGUAAGAAUCUAUAAGAAGCACAUGGAGAUCGAAGACUUUCCGGCAUGUUUUAGCCCAUUUGGUCCAGCUCAAAGGAGGCGUUCGAUCUUCAGUUUGGAAGAAGAAUGAUGUACAAUCAAGAAAUGAUGCUGAGAAGGAAAUUGGAGGAUGCCGAAUUGCAACAAGCUAUUGAAUACCAGGGGAGGAGGCCGAUGAAUCUUCAACUCCGAGAAAUGAUAAACCCGAAUAUCAAUCAACUGCAAAUGCCAAAGACAUGAAAAUUAUCAUAAAGAU